CUUAAUCUGUCGAGCUAGCUAAACGAGUUUUAUAGGAGGGGAAACGUACAAAAAAAGGUUUGAAAUGAUUAGUGUUACGUUUUGACGUAAGUGAGUCGUCCCUAGAGUGGGAUAAAUUGCAAAUUAAGUCGAAGAAGUCAGUCGCUAUCACAGAGGAAGUGUGACACAACGAAGAGAGGACACAUGUCGUCUGCAGCAGAGAGUGUAGAAAAUGCCUCCAUCAUGUCAGAGAGUGCGGCCCAUGAAGGAAACCGCUUGUGGAUAGGCAACAUCGAUCCCAAAAUCACAGAGUAUCACCUAGUGAAGCUUUUGGAGAAGUUUGGCAAUGUGAAACAGUUUGACUUCCUUUUCCAUAAGUCUGGGCCUAUGGAAGGACAGCCACGAGGCUACUGCUUUGUCAACUUCAACACAAGAGAGGAGGCAGAAAGGGCAAUCCAGUGUUUAAAUGGGAAGCUCGCCUUGUCAAAGAAGCUGGUUGUGCGCUGGGCACACGCGCAGGUAAGGAGGUUUGAAGGUUUCCGUAACGACAAGACAAUGCCUCCGAGCCUGGAACCGUCGUGUAGCGGUGGAGCAGAGGACGGAACUGUCACAGCAAACCACCUCAGUACGAGUGCUAAGAUCCGCGCCAUUGAGGCCAAGCUCCAGAUGAUGGAGGAGAAUCCAGAUGAUGACUACUCGGGCCCGUCAGCCUACGUUUAUAACAAACCGCCAGAGAGGAAACGCUGGGAGCCCUACUCUAAAUCACACCACAAUAAUCAGAGCAGGCCCUUCCGCAAGUUUAGGAGAUGACCCAUCCUCCCACUCAUUCUGGAGAUCCCCCCCCCCCCCCCCUCUACCACACCUCAGCCCCCACCUUCACACAAACAGAUUUUACACUAGAAACUAUUCAAACUAUACACAUCCUAUCCUGGAAUAAAAAGAUGUGGAAGUUGUUCACAAUACUUAAAAAACCACGUUAACAACACCUGGACUCUUGUGGGAGUAAUCUCAGCAAUCACGGACAAGUACCUUAAAUGGGUUUUAGUUAUUUUGGUUUACAGUAUCAUUUAUGUCUAAAGUAUGACCCAUACCUGACUGCCAUUCAGGUUGGAACUCUUUGUCAGUCUGCUUUCUCACUUUUGCAGAGAUUUAACGCAGGUAAACCUUAAAGCUGCGGGUCAUGUGACGCACAGUUGCAAGGAAAGAGAAAUGUUAUUUUUAAGGAGUCUAAAUGCUGAUUCUCUUAUUGUUUUUGAUGUGCAUUUGUACUUUCAGGUCAUAUUAUUUAAAAUUGAUUUUUUUUUUUUUCCCGGAGGGCUUUUCUUUUUAUUCAAGACUUCAAUUGAAAGCAAGAAAGAUGCAGAUUUGUAACAAUUCUCAAUUAAUGGAACUCAAAUGAUAAGCCACAAGCCACUCAGUGACACUUACUGUAUGAGCUGCAGUAUUUGUGUGUGUUCAUCCUUGCCUUUUUUUUAAUCCAAUUUUAUAUACGACUACAGUCAAUCUCUUUUUGCUGAUAUUUUUUUGGCGUUCUUUUUGUGUUAAUUAUUUUUCAAUUAAAGGUCAUUAAAUAUCACAUGUGAAAUGUGUUAUUUUAUGCCAUUUAAAAAAAUAUAUAUAUCAGUAUUGCUCCUAAAGCACAGGAUUCAAUUUUGAGUUGAGAUUAUUAGCAAUAUAACUGUGCACACACACUCCUGAUAUGAGAAAUUGGUAAAGCAGCUGCAUCUCAUUAAUGGGAGAUGGUUUGUUAGAAUGAAUACCAAUCACUGAAAACAGACCUGCAUUAUCCACUGUUGGUUAAAGAAAUGUAUGCCGUCCUGAAGGAGCAUAUCAUUUUUUUAAAACCAGGUGAGAUGACCACCUGGCAUACUGUGUUUGACACAUUUUCUGUAAUAAUCUCAUAAUCCUGGUUAUCAUUACAUCCAAUUAUGUUUUAUGACACAGUUUAA